GCUAAGGAAGCCCUAAACAUUUCAGGUCUUAUGAUUGAUGAGGAAACUCAAUCAGCGCCAUUACUCAGCAUCCUCUUGGCCCCAUUUUGACACUUCGGAGAUAAUCCUGGACUCGGACUUACGCAACACUGACCAUGUUUAAGUCCAUCCAAACCACGUUGAAUGGCACAAUAUAAGCAGCCAACAUAAUAACAUCUGCCAUUCUACAUGGCCCCCUCCACUCCAGAAUAUUGAUUCCGUGCACCCAACAACUACACCACACACCCUGCAGCACACAGAGAGAGCAACACAUCAAGCCGCUAAACCCCUCCCCCCCCCUAAUAUCGUAACAAACAUCACCCAAGAUGUCCUACCCAAAAAACCUUCCCUCCCUCUCCACCCGAGAAGCCAUCACCGACGCACUCCACCGCUGCAUACUGGGCUUCGACACCGCCGACUCUGCCCUCUUCGACUCAGCCUUCACCGAAGAUGCCACGUUCAACCUGAACGGCCGGCUCCUGGAAGGCCUUGACGCUAUCCGUACGGGUUGCUACGACCAUAUUUCUACGCUUGACACCACACACUACACAAACAAUAUCCGUGUCAAUGUCAAGGACGGCGAGUCGAAGGCUUCGUUGACUGCGUCCGCACUGGCUCAGCAUUAUCGUCCCGGGGAUGGGAUCAAGGCGGGUACACCGUACUUCUUGGCGGGGAGUUUAUAUUCCUUUGAGCUUGUGCGGGAUGAACAGGAGGGGUUGUGGAAGAUUACGCAUUGGAAGUUGAAGAUUGUUUGGGCGGAAGGGGACUGGAGUAUUGUGGUGCCGAAUUGAGGGGGUUGGGUUGGUUGAGUUAUGGUUGGGAUGUGGUGUUGCAUCUGUAUAAAAUUUUCACAAUGAGGCUCUGUGCGUGGGGCGAUCGGCAUGUUUGUGGAUAUAUUUGUAUGGGGAUGGGAUAAGUCUGGCCUGGGCUUAGGGUUAUUGCCUUUUUGCCUUGAUUAUGUAUCUUCGUGGAUGGUGAUGGAUAGGGUAGUGUGGAUUGAGUCCGAUGCCUCCUGGUUGCCUGAUCGCCAGUAUUCUUCUCGGUCUGAUUUAAUGAUAUCGUUGAU